CCGGCUGCUCUCCUCCGCCUGAUCCGACAAACGCAAGCGACGAGCACCAUCCACUGACCUCUUCACUACAGUAGUAGCAGCAGGCCCACGCCUCCGAUCCGCUGCUCCCACGCCGUCCGGAGAUGGCUUCCGCCGCCUCCGCCCUCACCUCGCCGGCGGCUUCCGCCGUCGCCGCCCGUUCCAAGGCGCAGGUGCUUGGAGGGGGAAAGAAUCAGGGGAGAAAUGGCUGCCGCGUGGGGAUCACGAGGAAGAACUUUGGCCGUGUUAUGAUGGCCCUUGCAGUGGAUGUUUCUCGUUUCGAGGGAGUGCCAAUGGCUCCUCCAGACCCAAUUCUUGGGGUUUCAGAGGCCUUUAAAGCAGAUAAAAAUGACCUGAAGCUCAAUCUUGGUGUUGGUGCCUAUAGAACAGAAGAGUUGCAGCCCUAUGUCCUCAAUGUAGUCAAGAAGGCUGAAAAUCUUAUGUUGGAGAAAGGAGAAAACAAAGAGUAUCUUCCUAUUGAAGGUUUAGCUGCAUUUAACAAAGCAACUGCAGAGCUACUGCUUGGAGCUGACAACCCUGUCAUCAAGCAAGGACUGGUUGCUACACUUCAAUCUCUCUCAGGCACUGGAUCGCUACGUCUUGCUGCAGCGUUUAUACAAAGAUACUUCCCUGAAGCCAAAGUACUUAUAUCAUCGCCGACGUGGGGGAACCACAAGAACAUCUUCAAUGAUGCUAGGGUACCUUGGUCAGAGUACCGGUACUAUGACCCCAAGACUGUUGGGUUAGAUUUUGAGGGAAUGAUAGCUGACAUUGAGGCUGCUCCUGAAGGAUCUUUUGUUCUGCUACAUGGUUGCGCUCACAACCCAACUGGAAUAGACCCAACUCCUGAACAAUGGGAGAAAAUUGCGGAUGUUAUUCAAGAGAAAAAGCAUAUGCCUUUCUUCGAUGUUGCAUAUCAGGGUUUUGCCAGUGGAAGCCUUGAUGAAGAUGCAUUUUCAGUUAGGCUUUUUGUUAAGCGUGGCAUGGAAGUAUUUGUUGCACAAUCUUACAGCAAGAACCUUGGUCUGUAUGCAGAAAGGGUUGGGGCAAUAAAUGUUGUUUGCUCAGCACCAGAAGUUGCAGAUAGGGUAAAGAGCCAGCUGAAACGUCUGGCACGUCCCAUGUACUCGAACCCCCCUAUUCAUGGUGCUAGAAUAGUUGCCAAUGUUGUUGGUGAUCCAACUAUGUUUGGUGAAUGGAAGCAGGAGAUGGAACAAAUGGCAGGGCGGAUCAAGAAUGUAAGGCAGAAGCUCUAUGAUAGUUUGUCUGCAAAGGACAAGAGUGGCAAGGACUGGUCUUUCAUUCUGAGGCAGAUUGGCAUGUUCUCCUACACUGGCUUGAACAAAGCACAGAGUGAUAACAUGACAGAUAAAUGGCAUGUUUAUAUGACCAAGGAUGGGCGGAUUUCGUUAGCUGGACUUUCCCUGGCUAAGUGCGAUUAUCUUGCCAACGCCAUCAUUGACUCCUUCCACAAUGUCAGCUAGAUAGAGGCCUAAGAAUUCAGGUGAAGCUAUUCCGGUUGAGUCCUUGGAUGCUUAGCUGGGAUUUUUGGGUCCUUCCAGCUAUAGUUUUCAGGUGCAUUCCAUCCAGUGUAAUUUGGACAAAUAAAUUUUUGUCAUCACAGCAAAACUCAAGUGCCUGGCUACAUGUAACAGUAGUACGGUAUUUACAGGAUCGUAAAACCUAAUUGAAUAAUGGCACCGGCAAUGUUAAUUGCCCCCAUAACAUUCA